CCACUCUAACACUGUGCAGCAAAUUCUUAAAAUAGAACUGAAUGUGGCCUAAGAAGCUUGACAUUAACUCUGUUGCACUUCUCUAUUUCACCACCAGAUGGCGACAGUAAAACCAAGAUGUCUCCUGAGGCAUUCAAUGACCCUCAGUAAAAACGUCAGCAGGAAUGAAUACAAACAAAGUGAAAGUGUGUCUGUUAGAUGUUACGUGGUGGGCCGAGUGGUAAGCGCGCAGAGCAGGCCACACAGCUAAAAGACCCGAGUUCGAUUUCACCCUUGGCCAUCUCUGUGAGGAGCGCUAUGAUGUUCCAGCAGGUACCUGAUGGUCCUCCCACUGGAACGCAAACAUGUCAGACGACUUCAUGACUGAGAAGCAGGAAGUGUUGGGAGGUGUGGCCGCUGUGUCUGCAUCUCUCAAUUCAUACUUGGACAUAUUUUUCAUUGCGUAGACCAGAACCGACGCAGCAGGAGGUGAGCAGAAGCAGACAGAACGGCAGCGAAGAAUCCGGGUCCCGGAACUACAGACAUGGACCCUGAAGCCUUUGGUGUGGCAUUUGACGUCCUGGAACACGUCCUGGGGAUAUGUUGGAGCAUCUACCAGGCAGUGAAGACGGCCAAGUCCAACAAGGAACGCUGCAAGCAAGUAUCCCAGCGCGUGCGUCUCCUGGAGCAAAUGGUUAUGAGCCUCAAACACCAGCCCGAGCGUGUCACUGACAACGUUAGAUCCUGUCUCCUGGAGCUCAUCCAGAGUCUGACCAGGGCCAUGGAGUUGGUGAAAAAAAUCUCCAACGUCAACAGCGCCGUCGGCUUCUUCAACGCCAACGCACACGAGUCCAAAUUCCAGGAGAUCAGUCAGAAGCUCAGCGAAGACGUGCAGCUCCUGUCGGUGGCGUUGCAGAUCAAUGACGGCGGAGUCCUGCAGGAGGUCUCCCGAAAUGUGAGGGACCAAGUGGCAUCCACGACUGUCCCCUGCAGGCACAGUCUGGAACAUGGGCAGCAUGACAGAAGUGUCCAUAACCCACAAUCACCAGUCCCCAUGUCACCAGUCCCCACAUCAGCUGUCACCACGUCAUUUGUCCCCAUGUCACCUGUCCCCAUGUCACCGGUCCCCAUAUCCCCUGUCACCACAUCACUUGUCCCCAUGUCACCCAUCUCCGUGGUGCUGCCGCCCCCUCUGGUAUUCCAAUCUCAGCCUGUUGUCUACCAGUCCUCAUCCGUCUUCUCGUACUCCGUCCCCCGUGGCGCCAUGCAGCUCAUGCAGCCUCUCUCUCUCAUGACGCCGCCCCAAAGUCAAAUCUUGAAUAAGAAAGAAAAAAAACGACAAAAGUACAAAAAGAGCAAGUCGGUCUCAUUCUAGAACCAAAACGUGGUCAUGUGAUGACCUGUGGACUGGGAAUUAUGGGGGGGGGUCUCAUGUUGUGUAUUCAUCAAUAUUGGUAUCGUACAUUUAGCCAGUGAAGAUUGUUUUUAUAGUUAUUACCCCAAAUCUCUUAAUAUAUUUUGUUCAAUAUUGAAAUAUUUCUCCCUACUCUAUGUUUUAUAUUUUUUCUAUGAGGUUUCCAGCUAAUAUUUCCAUCUAUUAUGAUUCCCAGAAAUAUAAUUUCCCUCAACUUUUCAAUGUCUGCACUGUUUAUUUGUAUUU